AUGAGUCUUCAAGAUCGUUUGAGGCCUAUAUUAAAACAUUUAAAAGUAGGUAGUAUUGUUGGAGGAAUUGCGUUUCUAGUAGUUUAUCAUAUCAGAGAAAUUAAUAAAAGUAUUGGUAAAAUUGUGAACACUAAUGCUUUGGAUGUAGAAAAGAAGAUAUCUGUAGAGUAUAUAUACAUCGACGACCCCUCCUAUAAUGCAACAAUGAAAGUAGAAUAUGAUAAAGAAAUUUCUAAUAAUAUAGGCUUUUCUCGCAUUUGGAAAAGCUUGAAAUAUUCAUUGGCUUGGAGGUUACUAUGGCUCUGUCGAAAUGGAAAUAAAGAGCAACAGAAUUUAGCUUUAGAUCAAUUAGCUGCUUUUAAAAAUAAUAAACAUUGGGAUUGCUUAAAAAUUGCACAAGCUCUUGAUAAAACUACAGCUGUUUUACUUGCUCGUACACAUGGUGUAGAUCUACGCUAUUUUCUGCCACCUCCAAUACAUAUUCGAAGAGCAGCAUUAACUUCAGAACUAUUAUCAUAUAAAUUUAAAGAUAUGUUGAGUACUGUACAAACUAUAAACCCACAUAGAUGCAUCCAACAUUUUCUUUCAAAAUACUUUAUCAACAUUCAAGAACUAUUAGUGGAAGUUGAUAGUAUUCCUACCAAACCAGAUAGUAUUAGUGAAAAGCAGCUUUGCAUUUUGUGUCUUGAAGCUCUUUAUCAUCACAUAUUUUUAUAUAAUCAAAAGUAUUACAACAAAGACAUUUCCACAGCAACAUUAAUUAAAUUAGGCAUAUUGCCUUUAUUGGCAGAGUUAAUUUUGAGGUACAAAAAUGAUUCAGAUAUAGAAUUUGCAAUUUUAAAAGUGCUUUCAGUUCUAAGCUUACAUGUAAAUCUUUUAACAGAUUUUUUUCAAAAUGGCCUUAUUGGGGAACUUGCCCGCCUUUUGAAAUCAAAAGAUAUUCGCUUAGCUAGUUCAGCUGCUGUUUGUUUAGCAAAUCUAUCAGGAGAAUUUUACUACAGGCCAGGACUUUUUUUGCUGCAUCCAUUGUAUAGAUCAAAAAAUGUUCAUUCAUGUGAUACUCUACUUGUCCAUGGCUUGAGGGGUGGUGUUUUUGUAACUUGGCGUCAAAGAGAUAAGAAGUGUGCUGAACCUGUUGGAAUUAUAGAAGUGACAGCAUCUGAUACUGAGUGUGAUCCAUGUGAAGAUAAUGUUGUAGCUAACAGUAACAGAUUUUUAGAUCCUGAUUUGCAACAAGUUAUUGAAGAUAUGAAGGAAUUAGAAGAAGAGGCAUUAUUGUCCAAUUUUGACGUUAUUUUACAUGACAUACCUAUAAUAGCAAAAAGGGAACCUGAUGGAAGUCAUGACUUCUCAGCCAACAAAAAAAGGAUAGCUUUGACCCAAGAGGAACAAGAUAAAUGUAACUAUACGUAUUGCUGGCCAAAAGAUUGGUUACCUAAAGAUUGUAAUAAUUUAAGGAUUUUAGGUUACAACUAUUGGAGUAAAUUAUCAGAUUGGUUAGAGGGUUGUCCUUUACAAAACACUAACAUAGAAUCACGGGCAGAGGAACUUGCUUCUACAUUGUUAGAUGCUGGAGUAGGAUUGAAAAAUGUGGUAUGGCUGGCUCACUCAAUGGGUGGGCUUAUUGUUAAACAAUUAUUAGUAGAUGCUGCUCAAACCACUGAUCCUGAAUUAAAGAAAUUAUGUUAUAAUACCAAAGCCAUUCUUUUUUAUAGCACUCCUCAUAAAGGUAGUGCAUUAGCAACUAUGCCCCGUGCAGCUGCAGCUAUUCUAUGGCCUUCUCAAGAUGUAAAACAGUUAAAAGAAAACUCUCCCAUGUUAAUAGAAAUGCAUAGUUCAUUUUUAAAAUUUGCUGAUUUAUUUAAAUGGGAAACAAUAAGUUUUGCAGAAACAUUGCCAACUCUAAUCACAACAUUCAAAGUUCCUGUACACUUUGUAGAGCCAUACUCUGCAGACUUAGGUCAUGGUGUUUUUUACCAACUUCCACUUGACCAUUUAUCAAUUUGCAAGCCUGCUACAAGGCAAUCUAUUUUGUAUACAACAGUAUUAGAUGUUUUACAGAGAGCAACAAACUGUGACCUUAAGUUAAAACAUUCAAAUUCUUAUUUACAGAAAAUAUCAGAUAUUAUUUGGUUACUUUUAAGUAGCAGAGCUAAAGAUGUUAAGAAUUCUCUGGAUGAAGUCCAAAGUACUCAUAGUAAGCAUUGGAUACAACAAGUGUAUUUAGAGGCUUUUACAGAUGACUUUAUUUCA